AUGCCGAAGAGGAAAGCCAAUGGCAGGAUCAAGAACCUGGGCUCAUACGCCAAGGAAGGGGUCUCGAAGCCACCCAAGCGACCACGCACGGACUCGGAACCAGUGUCACAGGCAUGCAGCAAUGAAUCUGGGCAGGAGGAUGGUGUUGCAGAGGGGAAGGCAGACAGUGGGGAUGACGACUCGGGAGACGAGCUGCUGGAUAUCGAGGUCGAAGAUGAUGUGCUGCAGCCAAAGGACGAGAAGAGUCUGCAGGGAUGGCUCAAGGUUACGGCGGAUCAUCUCCAGAGCUUGUGUAACCACGCACCUAAUCAUCUGAGAGGCCAGUAUGCAACCAAUAAACUUGACAAAGCUCCUGAAAAACGCACUGUUCAGCACCACGCGAAGCAGAAACGGGACCAGGCUCAGAGAGAGGCGAGAGAGGACCAGCGGCUCGGCUUGAAGUUGGGGUCUCUCCUCGCGUUCUUCAAGCCACGGACUUUGGUGCCAUCAUCUGUGUCAGAGCCGUCAGUUUCUGGGAUCGAGCCGGAGGAUUCAGACAUGGAAAUGAACGAUGUCGAGCUAUUGGAGAUCACGGAGACGACGGAGACAACACAGGCUGUUGAGCCAAUGCAGUCUAUGCGACCCCCACCACGACCUUCUGUCAAGGAAGUGCCGGAAGAUGAAGACCUUCUUGAUUGCGCAGAGCCAGCAGUUCUUGAUGAUCUCGAACGAGCGGAGGAGGGCCUGGAUGACAUAUGGGAUCCCUCUGAAAAGCGUUUGCCAGGAUACGAGAGGAAUGGCACACCUUCUCACAAGCCCGCCAACCCUUCCCGACCACCGCCGCCAUCUCCACCUCCACCCGAUGAUCCGCCAUCCGGCGACACUCCUCAUCCUGUCCCGCGCGCCGUUCCAAGCAACACGUCCAUUGACGCCGGGAUACCAAAACUGCAGGACUUGCUGCAUCCACGAUGGGCCAAGGGGCAAGGGCAUUCGAAAUCGAAACUGGACCUGGUCACCUAUGCACGAAUGGAAUGCGUGAUUCGCUUCUUACGUCUGUAUUGCGCUGCUGGUUACUCGGGAUGGUCGCUGUAUUCAGAGAUGAUUGCAAGUUCGAGUGGGAAGCAGGGGACCAAGACUUGGAUGGCACGUAAACUGCGGGAAUGGGCGAUAGAUUUCUGCGGAGACUCAAAGCUGCCGACGCACCUGUACGGUCGAUUCACGUCCACCAUCCUCGCCGACGAAGACAUUGCUGUGGACAUCCAUCUUCACUUGCAGAGUCUGGGAAAGUGGGUCUCGGCCAAGCAGAUCGUCCGUUAUGUGGCCACUCCGGAGUUCCAAGCGUGA